UUUACACAUGCAAUACGUCGAGCUAAUGCACUACUCUGCACACACCCCAACAUUAUGCAAUUGCACUUCACAGUCACAUGUUUAAAUGUUACAAAUCUUUGAACAAACUAAGUGGGCGAUACUGCUGUUUGUUUCGUUUUUUGUUUUUUUUUGUUGAUACUCACCAGAUAUACACAUCCUUCAGAGCGUGUACACAGGUUGGAUGCAGCUUUGCACUUCGUCACACCUACACACCUCCUUUGAAACAGGAGACCUCUGCAUCUGGUGUAUUAAUGCUAGGAAUCCAUGCAUGCACUCACACACUUACGGGAAGCUUUUUAGAAAGCUAGGUGGUCAUAUUUCUGUAAUAAUUUGCACAAAAAUGAUAAUCUAAUACAGUUUUGUGCUGAGCGGGGCUAUUUACUCUCUUUUUUUCAGGACAUCUGCACAUUGCAAUAUGUAUAUCUAGUUUCUUUUUUAGGUUUUAGAACGACUUGUGAUGUAUGGUUUUGGUUUAUGUGGUUUUUUUCCAUUCUACAUGCAUCUCUUGUCAGAGCUUCCGGCGUGUUCUCGCUCACCACAGGGAAAAAAAAUGCAGACAUGCAAGUUUUUCAUCUUAACAGAGUGGUACCACGGGCACCUCUCAGGUCGAGACGCAGAAAAACUGCUCACGGAAAAAGGCAAAGCCGGCAGCUUUCUGGUACGGGAGAGCCAGAGUAAACCGGGAGACUUUGUCCUCUCUGUUCUCACUAAUGAGGAGAAACAUGACAAUGUGGAUCGCAAGACCAAGGUCACCCAUGUGAUGAUACACUACCAGCAGGACGGCAAGUACGACGUGGGUGGUGGUGAGAGGUUUGACACCCUGGCUGACCUGGUGGAGCACUAUAAAAAGAACCCCAUGGUGGAAAAAAGUGGCAUUGUAGUACACCUCAAACAGCCUUUUAAUGCCACAAGGAUAAAUGCUGCCAACAUUGAAAACCGGGUACGAGAGCUCAACAAAGUAGCAGACAAUUCUGAGAAACCCAAACAAGGAUUCUGGGAAGAAUUCGAGGUACUUCAGCAGCAGGAGUGUAAACUGCUGUAUCCCCGGAAAGAAGGCCAAAAGCCAGAAAACAAGAGUAAAAACAGAUACAAGAAUAUCCUCCCCUUCGAUACGACACGUGUUGAAAUCAGGGAAAUGGAUCCUGAUGUUCCUGGUUCAGACUACAUCAAUGCCAACUAUAUCAGAAGUAUGCAUGAAGAUGGACGUUUUGUGGAGGAGGGGAAAGUCUUCAUUGCCACCCAAGGGUGUCUACAAAACACAGUCGUUGACUUCUGGAAGAUGGUGUAUCAGGAGAAUUCACAUGUAAUUGUCAUGACCACAAAGGAGAUGGAACGAGGACGGAACAAAUGUUUCCGUUACUGGCCAGACCUUCAUGCCACUAAGGAGUUUGGAAAAGUGCUGGUGAGGAAUGUGGACGAGCGGCCAGCACAAGACCAUAUCCUGAGGAAGCUGGAGGUGACACGUCUGGACCGGAAGGAGCCUGUGAGGUACAUCUGGCACUAUCAGUACCUGAGCUGGCCAGACCACGGAGUGCCCAACGAGCCUGGAGGCGUCCUCUGGUUCCUAGAGGAGGUCAACCGCACCCAGAGCACCAUUCCACACACUGGGCCAAUUGUCGUCCACUGCAGUGCAGGCAUCGGCAGAACUGGCACAAUUAUCGUCAUUGACAUCCUUAUCGACAUUAUUAACCGCCAAGGUCUCGACUGCGACAUCGAUGUCCCAAAGACCAUCCAGAGGGUACGUCAGCAGAGAUCAGGCAUGGUGCAAACAGAGGCUCAGUAUAAGUUCAUCUACAUGGCUGUGCAGCAGUACAUAGACACAGUGCAGAAGAGACUGGAGGAGGAGCAGAGGAAUAAGAUGACAGAGAGGGAAUAUUCCAAUAUCAAAUAUCCCCAGAUGACCAACUCGAGGUCCAAGCACAACAUGACCUCCUCACGCUCUUCUUCUGUGCUGACAAACGACGAUUCAUCAAGCGUAUACGAGAACAUAAACUUCAAAAGCCCUCAGACAUCUUUCAGCAGUAAUACCAGGAGGUAAAAUCGGCGCCGUGGACCUCCUCUUCUGUCUGCCUCUCUCUCCUGAAAAUCCCUUGGGAGGGUGGGGGGGACUCCACACUCGGUACACUCCACAUCGCUGGAUCUUGGCGUGGACCGAAAGUGGCGGGCUGAUGUGUCUGCUGCCACCGUCCUGCUGGACUUCUGUCUGUCCGGACUUCUGUGGAGUCCACAGCAUAGUGCCCUUACUCAGGCCCCCCACUUCCACUUGCCCUUUUUCUUCCCUCCUGUGCUAAUGCUUCUCCCUUUCUUAACCAGCACAAGUGCCUUGUCACAGGAUGUGUCUGUAAUCUAGCCAACCCAAACCCACUGUUACUCUCCAAGUCUACAUGAGGGCGAAAAACAGUUUUCUCUUAGGGUGACAGAUAUUAAAUGUGGAGCCCGGCCUGGCCUCAAGUGAACGUAGCUGUGUGGGACUAAGGGAAGAGGUCAAAACUAAGCCGUUUGUCCGCACGCUGCCCCGACUCACUCGGUUAUCUCUUUCUCAGUCUUGGCUGCUUGUCGUCUAAAUUGGAUUCUAAGACCGUUUUUGCUGUGUUCUGUCUGUCCAGCUGUGGUGGUUAUUAAUGUGGCCGCUGAGUGAUGGCAAGGGCAGUUGCAUAACCUGCUUCAUGACCCCAGUCACAAGACGGGCAAGCAAGUCCCCUCCCUCCUUUGAAUCUUUAAUGAAGUUGUCUUUUUAAGUUGUGAAAGUGAAUAAAUUUUAUUUAGAUAUGACUGAUUAUCAAAGUUUUGUAUUUUGAAGGAGUUAUAUAUAAUCUCACUAGCUGCAAAUGCAAUCCACUGUUCUUUGACAAUUUUGGAGGUGAUUUGUUUUCGCUUUCGGGACAAAUCCCAUCUGCCCCGACUGUCUAUGAACGUGAACAUGACCUCCAGUUAAAGAACAGUCAUUCAUGAAAACUAGGGCUGUUCUGUCCAUGAAGUCAUUUUUUUUCUUUUACUGAUGUUGGUAUAAUGGUUAUGUUUUGAUGUUUAUUUAAAUAUAUAUUUAUAAAGAUGCGCUGUGGUGUAAGAAAUCAUUCUUAGAUAUUUGAAGUCCAUAUUUGACAGAAAACUGGGUGGAAAGGAUUCCUGAAUGGACGGUCGGAGUCGUGCUCAGCCGACCGCCGUCUCGCAGCUUAGUUUGACUGGUCGUCCUUGUUAAUCAGCGGGUCUGAUGCUGUUCAACAUCUGUCAGGGGGUAGAUUGUCACAAGGAGACAAGGGAAAGGGGGGCGAUUACAGUGAGGCAGAUGGCCAUCUGGCCCACUGUAAUCACCCCGAGAUUGAAGAAUAGAUUUGUCUCCAAAAAGUAAUUUAGAAGAUGGCCGUAAUCCAGGCUUGAUGAUAGCAGAGAGAGUAAGCUGACGUCACUGAUGUGAUAAGGAAGACAGCGGUGCCGCUGUGCAAAGGGCUGUGCAGCAGCUUGUUGGCUACUUUUAGCCUCAAGAAGCAGCACCAAAAUAUCCUGUGCAAAUAGAAGCGUAGAAAGGUUGGAAGUCUGUCCUAGAUGGUUUAAACCGUAGUCACUCAAUGUCCUGAAAACCCUUUUUUUUUUUUUUUUUUUUAAA